AUGGGGAGUUUGGCAGGCUUGGUGGUGUUUGUUAGAGGGUGCCUUGGCGUCAUCGUAGGGCAAAGUGAUGCCCAGGAUUUCUCACUGAUUCAUCCUCUCGUGCGGAAUGUGAACAAACUCCAUCCGACUUGGGGCAGCCACAAGAAGCUAAGAUACUUCGGUUCCCAGGUUUUGGUGCUCAGUGGCUGUUGCCCUGGUCAGGGCUUCCUAACUGGUGUGUUGAAAUUUUAUUUCUUCAGCCCCGGAGUAUGUGGGGCGAGGGCUUUGGGGCACAGCCCCCAGGAUGGUGAUGGCUUUUUCAAGAAUCCUACCAGCAUGCUGUGUAAAUACAAUUCUCAGUGUAUGCAGUCAUAUGGAAAGGUUGGCAAAUACUGCUGUAGGAUAAUUGAAGCUAUCUGCAUAGGGUGGUUCACUGCAGAGUGCAUCGUGAGGUUCAUUGUCUCCAAAAACAAGUGUGAGUUUGUCAAGAGACCCCUGAACAUCAUUGAUUUACUGGCGAUCACGCCGUAUUACAUCUCCGUGUUGAUGACCGUAUUUACAGGCGAGAACUCUCAACUCCAGAGGGCCGGUGUCACCUUGCGGGUACUCAGAAUGAUGCGGAUUUUUUGGGUGAUUAAGCUUGCCCGCCACUUCAUUGGUCUUCAGACCCUUGGUUUGACGCUCAAGCGUUGUUACCGAGAGAUGGUGAUGUUACUCGUCUUCAUUUGUGUUGCCAUGGCAAUCUUCAGUGCACUUUCUCAGCUUCUUGAACAUGGGUUGGACCUGGAAACAUCCAACAAGGAUUUCGCCAGCAUCCCGGCUGCCUGUUGGUGGGUGAUUAUCUCUAUGACGACAGUUGGCUAUGGCGAUAUGUAUCCUAUCACAGUGCCUGGAAGAAUUCUCGGAGGAGUUUGUGUUGUCAGUGGGAUCGUUCUACUGGCAUUACCGAUCACUUUUAUCUACCAUAGCUUCGUGCAGUGUUACCAUGAGCUCAAGUUUAGAUCCGCCAGGUGUAGUCGGAGCCUCUCUGCUGAGUUCCUGAAUUAAUGCGUUGCAAAUCCAUUCUUGCAUACAUUUCAUAGAAGGAGUUGAUGCUCUUUCAUUUUCAUGCAUUUCUCGCUGGGUGAGCACUGCAGUGGCAUUGUCAUCAUCUUGAUAGGGUAGACAUGGUCCUUCCCAGCUGAAGGGAUAAAACGGUUUACUUAUUACGGAGUAAAUAGAGUCAAGACCGCCCAGGAAGAGUCAGAACUCCUCGAAUAAACAUCAGGACCUUAUUUUAUUUCAAUGUCUUUCCUCUUUGCCUUUGAACAAUUACACUUUUUUUUUUUAAGUACAUUAUUUGAACAUUUUAAAA